UAGCACACGUAUAGCAGCUACCUCACCUGUGUUGGAUGGCGACAUUGAUGAUGAAGAAGAGCAGGCGCAGCAGCAGCCAAGGGCUCUUGCUCCUUUCCUUGCUUCUCUUGGCAUCGUUCUCUGCCAUUCCUGCACUCAUCAGAGGGGAGAGCUUCGUAGCCGGCAGCGGCGGCAGGAAGAGCAAGAUGAUGGCGAUCGGCUCCGGCAAGGCUGCAGUCAUCCAUGGCGAUGGCGACGACGACCCAUUCAACGGAUGCACACCCCAUGAUGCCAGGUCGUCGAAAUUCUCCUGCAGCAAGGACGACCUGUGGUGGCCGUCGCUGUAUGAGUGCGCCAUCAACUGCCCCUGCAUGGUGAACUGCAACUAGCAGGCGGCGAGCUCUCCGUCAGCGUCGUCCAUGGUUUGAUCCUCUGCUGUGUCUUUGUUCAAGAAACUCUAGAGAUGCAUGCGUGCGGAUCAUCUUCGAAGGCGGUGUAACCCUGUACCAGAUUAAAAAACUAAUA